AGGGCCCUAAUACAGGAAUUUCAGUUUAUUUCGACGUCAAAUACCUCCUGCGCGUGGUGUUCUUACUUUUGUUCUUUCCAGAGUUCUUGAUCUGCCCUGGCGGUAGCAUCUUGACUCUGAGCCAUAGGACCUUUCUAGUUUGAACUUUCUACUUUCUCGUCUUUCAGAAGGAGAAGUCUAGUGCAGUGCAUAAAAGUUAAACUACAACUUGAUUCGUGGUAAACACGGCUUGACUGCUUAUUUUCGCAAGUAAAUGUUGUAAAACUUGAACAGCCUCGUCCCGACCCCUAGUACUCGUUGAACAAUAAACCAAGAUGCUAGCGAAACUGCAAAAGUCCCUGACCCGCGGGGGGUCCUCACGCUCCACCUCUCCAGCCAAUAGUACCAAGUCCCCCAAGCACCACCAGCAUGACAGCUUUAGUAACCAGCCCGACAGCCAGCAAACCACGCGGCCGGGGUAUCCUGAGUAAAAACGUCCCCACACCAGAGUUGUCAUGCAAAUCUGCAUGCCAAAAAAGUUUAAGUUUCUCAUGCUGAGCCCCAUGAAAGGCAUUUUCUAAUCGUGUUUUGGGAUUUGUGAUGCUAUAAUCAGCAUGAUAUACUAGAUCUGUGAUGCUGCUGAACUACCUAAACAGGAUUACAUUACAAGGACAAACUUGUCAUGCGAAACAGCCAAAGCUGGUUGAUUUGUCUAGCAGAUUUACCAUCUUGACUCUGGUGUGGGGACGUUUUUACUCAGCAUACGGGGUCGCCCGGCCUGGAUUCGCUCGCGGACUCGGAAUAUGCAUUACAAAAGUAUCGUGCGCGUAUAAAAAAUGCAUCACAAAUUUCCUCAGCAUGAGCAAUAAAAUUUGUAAUGCGGAUUCAGCUUGUUGAAAACAAGAUUUGUAUUUUGCAUGUUUGCAAUUACUACGAGCACGAUAGUACUUUUGCACAGUAUACGGAAGUCAAUCAGCCCCAGCCGGUUUCGGACAUGCCGCCGAAGUACAACAGUAAGAAGCCGGAAACACAGCAGCAGAUUGAAAUCGAAAAUAGAAAACAGGAAUACAUCAAGCCGCAGGUUUGUUUCAACUUCUACCACGGAUCGGAACCGACGAAAAAGGUAUCAAAUGCAAAUGUGUCUGGGUCUGGAAGGUUGUCAUGCAUCUUCAGGAUCACACGAAUGCUCUGGAAUGCACGAAAGCGCAUGACAGAUCAUGCAAGAACUUCGUAAUGCCUGUUUCGCAUGAGAACUUUGCCCUGUUCCUAGAAAGAAGAGAAGGACUUUUGGCGUUCACGCAACACAGACUCCUCUACGAUCCAGACUUGGCAUGACAAGUUCCAGACCCAGACAUAUUUGCAAUGCAUAGAAGGUGUUCCACCACAUUUUCGACUUGGAGCACGAGAUGCUAUGAAAGUGCACAACUGCCCUUGCUCCCCCUCAUUUGUAUUGCAUGAACAGCAACACAAGCGUCAGACAGAAUACAGGUUUUGCAUGACAAAUUUGGACAGGAGUGUAGUUCUAUUGGGGCAGCUGCUGCCAGAACUUGUCAUGCAUAAUAGUGGCAGGAGGCAAUGCGUAAACUAGGUAUUUUGCAUGAGAAAUGAGAACGAGGGGGAGUUCUGCACUUUCAUAGAUGCUGACCAGAAUUCAGAAGCUGACCAAGCCGAAGGAGUUGACGGCCCGGGAACGGCGGAACAACUUGAGGUUCGCAGAAUUAACCACGAAAAUGCACAACCAGCUGGAGACGAUCGAUAAAAACAAGGAGAUGCUGAAGAAGGUGAUGACGGAAUCCGAUGAGGAGCGGAUGGCCAAGGAAGACGUGAAAUCGAAAGAGGAACUGGAGAUGGAGAAGAGAUUACGAAACGCGUCGAAGGACAAGGACGGGCAGAUCGUGACGAUCGACGAGGUAUCCAAUGCAAAUAUGUCUGGGUCUAGAAGAGUCAUGCUGCUUUUGCAUGACACAGAAGGUCUGGCGUGGAAGCUCUAGCAUCACAGGUUUCGAGAAGCUUCGGCGCUGCCGAAUCCGCAUGACAAAGGCGCUAUUUUAGUGACAAAAAGUGAGCAGCUUUUGCUGCCUGUGCAUGAGAGAUUUUUAUGUGUUGUGAAAUGCGCAUCACAAGUCUGCAUUCAUCUUCUACGACCCAGACACUUUUGCAUUUGAUACGAGGAGGAGGAGCUGGACAACGAGAACGAAGCGAACAACGACGGGAAAGUGUUGCAGAAACACGUCGGGUAUCCACAAUAAAUUUCCCGUACACGACUUACAAUUGCGGUCUCUGCAUGACAAAACUUGGCUUCGAUCCUAGUUUAGCAUGACAAGUUUUUGGUGAAAUUUGUAAUGCAGCUUGUACAUUUACGGUAAAUUUGUCUUGCAUAUCGGGUUGACCUACGAAGACGUGAAGUUGGUUCUCGCGCGGCAUUUGAAACGACCGGUAGGUAUCCUGAGUAAAAACGUCCCCACACCAGAGACAGAGUCAAGAUGGGGAUUUUGCAACACAAACCUAUAGAGCUUUGGACGUCACGCAUGACAAGUUGUCGCAUUCCAUAGUGUACUAGUGCAGGUUUUAGCAGGUGCAGCCGCAUCACAGAUCCAUCUGCCUGUCCUGUCCACGGCAUCAAAAAUUCCAAAACACGAUUAGAAUGCGCAUCACAAAUGUCCUCGUCAAUGCAAACCUGCAUGACAAGAACUCUGGGGUGGGGACGUUUUUCCUGAGGAUAGUCGGGACGGUGUUUUUAUCCAUGAUGGAGGCGAAGGAUGUGGACAAAUUAGUGGAGGUGGAAGAUGACAAAAUGACGGACCCGAAGGAAAAACAAGCGAAAAUUGACGCAGAAAUCGCAGCGAAGGCGAAAGCAGGGUAUAGUAAUAGUUCUUGUGAUUGAUAGUUGUUGAUGUUAUUUUUUUGAUAUGCGAAAUUAUUGGUAUGAUAGAGAUAGACGGCGAGGAGCUGCUUCUUUAUCUUUCGUUUGAUGAGAUGCAACAACCGCAAGUUCUUUAAGGAACUGUCGAACAUCAAAGUCAAAAUCCUAAACUAUGGCGUUCUCAAAUGUUACAUUCUCAACUGUUACAUGAUUUGUCAUGCAAAAACACCAUCACUCUUAACACGAUCAAGCCUUCUCCGCAUGACAACUUCUUGACGCGCUAGAUAGCAUUACAAUCUGUCCCAAACCUGUAAUGCAAAAGGCGCAACAUUUUCCCUUUCACUUUUGCCAUUCUUGCAUUACAAACUUCAUGUAACAGUUGAGAAUGUAACGUUUGAGAACGCCAUAUUAAACCACAGUUCCCCCCUGACCGCCAAAGCCAAGUCCAAGACCGGCGCAGCCAAAGCGGCCUUCGCCUCCAAUAUCACAGGAAAAAAGUGUUACAGUUGUUACACACUCGUUGCAAUUUCAGCAUCACAAAGUUGCUCUGCAUAGCAACAAAAACUUGUGAUGCGCAGACUGUAAAGGAAAACACUAAAACGCACCAUGAAGUAAGGCUGGAGAGCAUUUCCUGCAUGACAGAGGUUGUCUGUCUUGCUGGUCUUGCAUCAGAGGGAUAGCUGUAACACUUUUUUCCUGCGAUAUCCAAGCCGAAGAUGUCAAUGCUGUCCCGGAUGCGCACCACGGUCGCGGGGAAGCUGAUGGGCCCGGCCGCGAUGAAAGAAAACGACUUAACCUACAUAUUGUCCUUCCCGAUCUCCCGAAUAAAAUCCGGCGAGAAAAAGCGGUACGCCCCGUUGCACUUCGAGCGGUGUAUGCGGCAGGGGUACGCGAUCGACAUUCCGAAACUUUCCGCCGAGCGCAUCACCCGAGCGGAUAACAAGACCAUCCUUUCCUUCGGAUCCCCACGGGAGAAAUCGAAGCGGGCGAACCGGCUCGAGGGGUUUGAGAAGUACAAAGAGGGAGAAUUGUACUUCAUCGCGGAGAUGGGGGCGAAGUAUUACGCGAAACCUUUGACCAAUUUCGAGAAAACGAAGCACUUCUGGAACUUCGACAUAAUUGCGGAAACGGCGAAAACCAACGUGAAACAGAGGUUUGAACCGGGGGUGAUCGAGGAAUUGUCGAAGAAGAUGGCGUUGCUUGCGAAGAAGAACAAAUCCGUUCCAUUGGCGGAAAAAAGGAAACCGAAGACCGGAUUGCGCACGAUGGAUUACCAAUGUUCCGUGCCGUUAGCGGAGCGAAGAGAAUCGGAGUUGACGGAAUCGGAAUACAGUGAGAUAUGAAUUGCAAAAGUAUCCUACUAGUAGUCAUUGCAAUACAAAUUUCCUCCGCAUGAUAGCUGGAAUCAUUUAUCAUGCUGUUUUACCUUAGGGGCAAGAUUUGUCAUGCCUAAUUGCAAUUCGUACGAGUGCGAUACUUUUGCACAGGAUAUGAGACCGACUCGGACGAUUCCAUUUUGUCGCCCGAAGAGAUCUAUCAAAUGCAAAAAUGUCUGGGUCUGGAAGAUUCUUACAUUUGUCAUGCAUGGCUGACAUGACUCGAGACUCUGUGAUGCAGGGGCACGAAAAGGCUCGCCUAUCUGUCAUGUAAAAAUGUUGUUUCUCAUGCGGAAUACGCAACACAUAGCAGCUCAAAAAGUUGUCAUGCUUGGCUGCGUAUUGCAGUCCGGCUAUCAUCCGCUUUUAGCAUUAUAAGUUUCCAGACCCAGACUACAUUUUUGCAUUUGAUAAGAUCCGGCAAAGGCAGUUGUACAAAGUUCCGAAGAAAAAGAAAGAGGAAGUUGAGGAACCGUUGCGGAAAAAACCGAAAAUCCCGACGUUUUACAUCACAUUCGGGAUUCGGGAGCGGUUCACUCUGGAUAAGGAAAUCGACGCUUCGAAACGGAUAUGCAAUGCAAAAGUGUAAAGUGCUUGCUCCUCGUAUAUUUUUGAAUUGCAUGCGCGCAUGACAAACCCGCUCCUGAUGCUGAAUCAGCGUGACAAAUUCCAUCUGUCAUGCUGAGCUGAUUUGUAAUGCAGUUACCACUACAACGAGGACCACUAGAAGCACGAUAAUACUUUUGCACAGCAUAGCGCAAACCGGGCGUGAAAGAGAUGAUGCUGCACUGGCUCGAAAACCGGUUGGCGAACAAAAUCACCGACAUCGACGACGAAGCUUCCGGUUACCCCGCAUUUGCUAUCAAAAGGAAAAAUCCCCCCUCCCCAUAUCGGCAUGAAGUUUCUGAUGCUGGAUUUGCGUACACAAAUCAGGUCUGUCUUGCUGGAGAGGACUGCAGGCAUAUGCCAACACUGAGGCGGGUGGUUUUGACGUAGGCGACUAGCAUGUCAAAUGUCUAUGGUGUAAGCCCGAUAGCAUCACAAACCGCCUGCAUAAUGCGGCGGACUCUCUGGCUUUGCCUUCGUGCAAGACAGAGGGGGUUUGUCGUGGCGACCAAUCUGCAUCACAAAUUUUCGGGCGGAUGCGCUUUCAAUAUGGGGAGGGGGGAUUUUUUGUCACAAUAUUUGCCGGUCCGGAAGGGUAUGCGGAGUGGGAGUUGAUGCGGCAGAUCCGGAAGAGGUGUAGCGACAUGUUAUGCAUUGCAAAGCAAUCGUAUUCGUACCACUAGUAUAAAUUGCAUUACAAAUUGACUUAGCCUUAGAAAUUGACUUUGUAAUCAUGCGGAUUUGCCUUAAGAGAAAGAUUUGUAAUGCGGAAACGCCAUUGGUACGAGUACGAUGAUUUUACGAUGCAUACAUGUACUUUCACAACAAAUCCGACGUGGAAUUAUUGGAGAAGAUCCACAACUCCGCGAAGUCCUUGGAAAUCUCCUGGAUGUUCCUCUGUAUGAGGGAGUACGAGACCCGGGUGUUUGGCUUCCGCACCCCGCGGUUUGAAAUCGAAAGACGAAUCGCCAAAGCGAAGAUGGAAGAGGAGGAACGAGAACGGAAGAAAGCAGAAGCGGCGAAGAAAGCGGAAGAAGAGCGGAAAAUGGCGAUCAUCCGGGGGGACAUUCCGCCAACACCAGUGGCUGUUUCCAAAACAAAAUCAUCUUCCGCUGCGGUAGUGCCAAUUACCGGAGUUUCGACCGAUUCGCUAGGAGUUGGUGCUGUUUCUGCAGCAGUUGCAAUCGCGUUCGGGACACCAGCAGCUUCAUCGAGGCAAAAUUCGUCGCGUGCGAGCUCCCGGAGGUACACGAGCACGGUGGGUGUGCAGGACAUCUUAGGAGAUGGCGGCACAGAAUCUUCGUCCGUAGCCAGCUCCCGGGGGGACAACAGGAUCGAGCUUAAAAAACUGGCAGAAGUUGAUGGCUUGAUUCAAACCUUGACCCAGAAGCUCUGCUACGACACAGCGAAUGGGGAUGUGCCCGGGGAAGAAAAACUGGACGAAGCAACGGCGCGGCUAGGAGGGGGAAUAGAUAACGCAAAAAACAAAACUUCUGAAGACGGUAAGGAACAGCAACAAACCACCAACGAGCUGCAGUUUUCUAACCUUUUGGAAGAAAACUUGAUUAAGUUAGACAUACAAAACGAACAUAAUAGUGGAGAACGACUACCAAAAGAGGAAACAAAAACGGGUCCGCCACCACCGGUACCAGCAGCAGCACCGGGUGACGUUGUACUUGUAGCAGAGAAGAAUAAAGACACGACCACCUCUACCCCAGCCGUUGUUCCAGAAGUCCCUACCCUCAACAUUCCGGACCCAAAUACGCCAGCACCAGCAACCCAACAGCAACCACAACCUGGCGCACCAGCAACCACACUCACCGUAUUUGCAACCGCUCCCGUCCCCAAGCCCAAGCCUCCCUCCCUCGGCACGGGGUUUGGGAACUUCGCGGGUAAUCUUCUCGCCGGGGCGAAACAGCAAACUUUAGGAGAAAUUGUCGUGCAGGAUGAGCAGAUGGACCAUAAAUUGUGCAAUUUAGAGUUUCGCGAAUACCCGGACAAGUACACGUUUUUUACGACCCACUACAUCUCCUUGACUUUCCAAAACGAGCCGAUGUUUCCGCAAAUGUUCCUCGCGUUUUUCUUGCACGAAUACGGAAAUUUGAAAAUCGAGAUUGAGAAGAACUGGCUCCCCAACUUUCGCGUGAUGCCGGACGCAAAGAAGUAUUUGGAGAAGCUCGAGGAAGAGAAAAUCCAGUUGGAAUUGAAAAAAUCCGAGCACAGCCGGGAUUUUCACGCACUCAGUACUGAGGAGCUGUUGAAGAUGAAAAAAGAAGGGCUGGGAAUCGCGGAAAUGCGGCAAAAACGGGUGGUGGAGGUGGAUUUCAUGCGGAAGCAAAAGUUGGACAAGAUGGCGAAGCAGUUUGUCGCGGUCGAAAAGCGGAGGGAGCUACAACAGCAGAGAAGCCGAUCUACCUCGAAGGACCGAGAUUCCUCGAUCGGCGCAAGCAGUCUGGCGUCGCCCAAAGCCGGGAGUAAACAACCGCCCGGGGUGCACUUCCAAGACCAGAAGGGGAGACAGGGUGGUGCUGCUUCACCGAAGGUUUUAUCCCGACCGGGCUCUGCGAGCAGUGUUUCAAGACCGGGAUCGGCGGCUUCAGACGCUGGGGUCGGAAAGAGCUCCAGGGGCAGUCUUGGAGGUGCGGGAAAUCAACAAGUGAAGCACGCGGCGACGAUGCCUGCGUCGCUAGGCGGAGCAGGCACAACUUCUAAAUCCGCAGGCAUAAGCGGAAAGGCAGCGCAGAUUGGCGGUACGCCGAUCGGGUUGCAAGAGAAGCCGAAAGAGGAAUCCGGUUCGGGAAGCGCAGCUUCUUCCGCUGCGGAUGAUGAGGAAAAUGAAUUGGGGAAAAUCGAAGAAGAAAACGGGACUGCUGGGGAUGCGGAAAAGGAAGGAGAAGCCGCAGGAGGUCCAUCUGGAAUAAAAGCCGCUGCUGGGACUUCUCCUGGCAAAGCUGGGACAAAGGCUGCUGCGAAGGCAAAGGGAAAGGCGAAAGCCGGACCUGCUGCUGGACCAAGUGCGAAAGCAACUGCAGCAACCGGUGCAGCUAGUCCUGCGAAAGCCGCGGCCACAAGUAGCGGAAAAGCCAGCGCUGGCGCCCCGAAGCAGAAGGCCAAGGCGAAACAGCAGGCGGCAGAAAGCAAAUCUGGUCCUGCGAACAAACAGGCGGCUGCACUGGAAAAAGAGGAAGGAGGUGCAGCUGCUGCACCGGGCAGCGGCUCCCCGGCAGGCUCACGGAAAUCCACCCCCAACAAGUCAGGCUCUGCUGCCAGUUCAAAAUCCCAAUCCAGGUCUGGGUCGGCCACCAGUCAGACUGGUAAUAUUGGCGGUUUGGACACGAAACCGAGUGGAGAACAGGAUGACAGACUUGCGAUGGAGAUUUCCGGGCAAUUUGGGUCUGUCGAGGAAGUUUCAAUCAAACUCGACGAAUUGAAAGACAAAUCGUUAGACGAUGACGGAAAUGCAGAUAAAUCCUCCAACGCAUCUAACCUCUCCGGCCUUUCUUCCGGUUCGUCUGCGAAAGCGAAGCCAAAAAUUGCACCGAGGCGAACCGCGACGCGCGUCCAGCGUGGCGGCACAACGGUGUUUAUCCCGAGUUCAAGCUCUGAGUCGUCCUCCGGCUCGGAUUCUGAUUCCGAUAGCGACAAGAGUAGCAAAUCGAGCAAGGGGUUUGUGCGUUCCUCGGAUAGCGACCAGAGUGAGGACGAUAGUAAGAACGCGAAAAAGGAUAAGAAGAAAAAGGACAAAGAAGGGACUUCAUCUUCCGCGGAGGAAAAUAAACCAGCACCAGAGGAGCUCGAAUACAGUGAUACUGACGGAGAAACCGACCUGUACGCGACCACCAGCUUCCGACAGAAGAAGAUCAUUCGAAGGAGAUUGCUCUACAUGUGCAAGUUAAAGCACCGCGAGUUUUUCGAGAAAUUGGCGAUUAUGCUGAACUUUUCCAGCACGAAAUGGUGCUUGCGGGAGUUGUAUGCAUUGCAAAAACAUCGUACUAGUAGUACUCGCAUCACAGAUUUGCUCGGCAUGACAAAUGGAAUUUCUCAUGCUGAUUUACCUUGAAAAAGAGAUUUGUCAUGCAUAGAUGCGAUUAUUACGAGUGCGAUACUUUUGCAAUGCAUAAGUUGUUCAAGAUCUACUGCGGGGUGUCCAUUCUGGUCCGGAACCGCGGGCGGGACAACGUGAUCCAGGACAGUUUUCUCGACGAGCGGACCAGCUGGUGGAAGCUUCUGUUGAGGGAAAUCAUCGAAGUCCUCUGGUACAGCUUGCCCCCGCAGGACGCGGCAGAUUUCGUCGACAACGAAAAUUACCUCCUGUGCUCCCCCUUCUUCACGAUUAAGCUAGCGAAGAAGUGCUUCGAACUAAUUCCGACCUUUACCUGGGCCGACAACGAGUGGAAGGGCAAGAUCAUGCAGAAAAUCAUCCUGCGGGUGGCGAUAUGCAUUGCAAAAGUUUCGUACUCGUAUUAGUAAUCGCAGUCAUGCAUUACAAAUCUUUCUAUCAAGGUAAAACCGCAUUACAAAUUCCAUUUCUAAUGCUGAGCAAGUUUGUAAUGUGAUUUCCACUUCUAGUACGUUGCUUUUGCAUUUCAUAAGCGAAGUCGAGCACGAGGUCGAUCACCGGAAAUGUUCCGCAAGUCGUUUCCGCCGGCACGGGGAACAAAGGAGCGAAGACUAUGAACUGCAAAAGUAUCGCACUCGUACGAAUUGCAUUUAUGCAUUGCAAAUUUCUUUUUCAAGCUAAAUCAGCAUGACAAAUUUCAUUUGCCAUGCUGAGCUAAUUUGUAUUGCAUGCAAUACUACGAAAAAUACCACGGUUGCUUUUGAAGUGCAUAAAGACUUCUGCGCAGCAAGUUAGGGCGAAACAGGCGGAACAGAGACUGAAGCUGAACAAGCAAAACCUCGUAUCCUGAGUAAAAACGUCCGCACCCCAAAGCUGUCGUGCAAAUGUGCAACGACAGGAACAUUUGUAAUGCGCAGCUACAUGAGAGGCAUAUCCAUUCGUGUAUUGGGAUUUGUAAUGCGGUAAACAGGAUGAGAAAAUGGCUUUGUCAUGCAGCUUCCCUUGACAACCACAGCUACACUGCAGAGGGAAACUUGUCAUGCGCAACUCCCAAAACUUGGAGAUUUGUGUUGCUACAUUCCCAACUUGACUAUGGGGUGGGGACGUUUUUGCUUAGGAUACUUCAGGCACAGCGAACAGACCCCGAUCAUGAAAACGCUCGUCGACUCGCCGACCGGGUGGCUGUUUUACUCCAUGUGGGCGAAGUUACCCGAUGAGGAGCCGUUUACGGUAGACUGGAAAAUAGAAACCGAGGAACUCGCGAUGCGCAUCAUUCAACCGCAGAGCCAGCACUGGAAACUGAACGAGAUGUAUCAGAGCGGCAAGAUACAAGUCCCCGAUCACAAAGACCCGGAGAAGAGAGCAGCUUCAGGUCAUUCUCUGGACAGUACCGGAAGCUUUGGCGCGGGGUUUCUGCAGCAAUUGGAGCAGAUCGCGGAAGAGCAGAAGCCGAAAGCCGUGGCAGCGGGGGAAGAACAAACCCCAGUUGCAAAGGCAGCUGGUGCGGCGCCACCUACCGGCGAAAAAGGAGAUCAGGAACAAUCUCCAGCGCCUCCGACCACGCUCACUUCCCCGGGCGGGAUGCACGAUAACGUGAAGAUCUACUACAUUCCACCAGGCCGGGAAUUCGACGACGUGCCGUGGUAUCUCGAAGGGCAGGUGGAGAAGAAGAAAAAGGCCGCGUCCAAAGACGACGUGCAGAAGGAACUCGCGCGGGCGAAUAUCAUUUGUAAAAACGUCCCCACCCCAGAGUUGUAAUGCAAAUCUGCAUGCUGAAAAUAUUUCUUAUGCGGAGACCCAUGAGAAGCAGUUUCUGUUUCCAGUCGUGGUUUGGAACAGUCAUGCUCAAAGCAGCAUGAUGUGCUAGAUCUGUGAUGCUGCAGCUUAACUAGCAGCUAAACAGGACUACACUACGGGGCAAAACUUGUCAUGCGCAGCAGCCAAAGCUUGUCGAUUUGUCUUGCAGAUUUCCCAACUUGACUAUGGAGUGGAGAUGUUUUUACAAAUGAUAGCGAAGCAGAAGGAGGAAAACCGGCUGGCGCGGAUCAAGUACUGGGAGGAUAAAAAGCAGGCGGAGGAGGAGCAGAAGCGGCUGUACCGGGAAAAGAUGAAGAAGGUGCAGGAACUGCAGUUAUGGAUUGCAAAAGUGUCUGGGUCUGGAAGGUUGGAACUUGUGAUGCUGCAUUUGGAUUCCAAAAAAGCUUGUAUUGCAUGAGCAGCAAAGAGAAUGCAAUUUUUGCAACGCAGAGAGGACAUUUGUCAUGCGGACUAGGCAUCAAGAUGCCCUCAAAAAAUCUGUGAUGCUAGGGCAUGCAUCACAGACAUCAUGGGUCAUGGAAAACCUGCAUGACAAGUCUCAGAAUCUUCCAGACCCAGACAUUUUUACAAUCCAUAGCAGUACAUCGCGUACAAGUGGCACGAGAUGGGGAAAACGCAGCCGAAGAGCAACCCGUACGACACAAGUUUGAAAAAGUACGAGCAGGAGCUGCCACUGCAACUGGAGCUGAAGGAGUUGAAGGAGCGCACCAUUCGAAACGACAAGGGGCUGUUGCGGGAAAGCGGGGAUUUGAGCCCGAUGCGGCGAAAAAUCCUCGAAGACGCCCUGGCCGGGGAUCGGGUGAAGAAGCAAUAGGUGGUGGAAUUUGUUUUAUACUUAUUUCAUGGUGGUCCUCGUUGUCUAGCAUGUUGCGCAUGAGAAGAAACUCUACAACUGCAAGGUGGAGCUGCUGCAGCUGCCGCGUCCUAAUGUGGUAGUCGUGGUGAAAAUUACGUAUAACACGAACUGUUAUUUUUGUACGAUGUAAGUUUCUACUUUUCUUGUGGUACGAAAAUGAUCUUCCUGUGCUACAAUGUACAACAACUCGGAGAAGUUUAAGUUUGUGGAGCCGUAAUUGCAAAGAACACAAUAAAUCCGAAACUCGUAUAAACUACUGCUUUUGUCUCGCUCUCGUCCUUUUCGGGGCAGCACGUAGAAUUCAAAACAAAACUAUGACUUUGACGCACGGAAAAUGAACUCCGCUUGCUACUUGUAUGAUUCUUGUUUCGCUCUGUGACAUCGACGACGCUCUAGUGUGUGUGUAAGAAUUGUGGACAUUAUUGUACCAUGGUCAUCCUCAUCUGUUCUUGUUGUCAUCCUCAU